AUAUGAUGGAAGUGAAAGAGGAGAGUCAAGCUGAAGUGGAUGAGAAACAUCAGAUUGUAAAAAUAAACCAUGAUGUUUCAAAGAAAGAAAGUCUGAAGACAGAAGACAUAAAGUGUGAAAAUAGUUUCAGUGAAGAUGAACGCCCUGCAGAUCACAAGAGGACUCACAGUGAAGAGAAACCUUUCACAUGUCAACAGUGUGGAAAGAGUUUGAGAACAAAAGGUAACCUUAACGCACACAUGAGGAUUCACACUGGAGAGAAACCAUUUACAUGUCAACAGUGUGGAAAGAGUUUCAGAAGAAAAGAUAACCUUAAAGAACACAUGAGGACUCACAGUGAGGAGAAACCUUUUACAUGUCAACCGUGUGGAAAGAGUUUCAGAAGAAAAGUUGUCCUUAAAACACACAUGAUGAUUCACACCAGAGAGAAACCUUACACAUGACUUGUCAUCUGUGUGGAAAGAGUUUCGGAAUAAAACCUUACCUUAAAGCACACAUGAGGAUUCACACAGGAGAGAAACCACAUCUGUGCCAUCACUGUGAAAAAAGUUUUACAACUGCAGGUAACCUUAAGAAACACAUGAGGACUCACACUGGAGAGAAACCCUACACAUGUCAGCAGUGUGGAAAGAGUUUCGGAACCAAACCUCACCUUAACGCACACAUGAGGAAUCACACCGGAGAGAAACCACAUCUCUGCCAUCACUGUGAAAUGAGUUUUACCCCUGCAGGUAACCUUAAGAUACACAUGAGGACUCACACUGGAGAGAAACCUUACACUUGUCAACAGUGUGGAAAGAGUUUCUCUAUUGAAAGUUACCUUAAAAUACAUGCAAGAAUUCACACUGGAGAGAAACCUUACACUUGUCAACAAUGUGGAAAGAGUUUCUCUGCUGAAAGUAACCUUAAGGUACAUGCAAAGAUUCACACUGGAGAGAAACCUUACCUGUGUUUUCAGUGUGGAAAGUGUUUUAGUGUGGAUCUUCAUCUUAAGAGACACAUAGUAACUCACAGCGAAAAGAAACCUCACGCAUGUCUUUAGUGUGAAAAGAGUUUCAUAGAUAAACAUGGACUUGAGGCUCACAUGAGAAGUCACACUGGAGAGAAACCUUACAUGUGCUC